UAUUUGCUCAACUGGACCCGGCAACACUAUCCCCUUCGCCGGCGCCGCUCCCGCUCCGUCCCACUCCCACCCGCGCUCUCCACCGAUCGAUCGAAGCAUCCGCCUUCCGGCGUGAUGUUCCCGUGCCGCCCUCUGGCUCCGCGGCCCCCGCCGCGUGCCCUUUCCCUCUUGCGGCUUCCUCCGUCGUCGCUGCGGCCGCCGCCGUCGUCUCUGCGCGUGGUGCGGUGCAUGGCGAAGGAGCGGCGGGUGCGGAUGGUGGCGAAGCAGAUCCAGCGGGAGCUCGCUGACAUGCUCACCCGCGACCCCGUCCUGCAGCGCGCCGUGCUCCCCGAGGCCGCGCUCGGCGCCGACCGCUACCUCUCGUCGCUCACUACCAUCGCCGACGUCGAGCUCUCCAACGACCUCCAGGUGUGCAAGGUGUACGUGUCCGUGUUUGGGGACGAGAGGGGGAAGAAGGUGGCCAUCGAGGGGCUCAAGGCCAAGACCAAGUACGUCAGGAGCCAGAUAGGCAAGCGGAUGAAGCUGCGCCUCACGCCGGAGAUAAGGUUCAUCGAGGAUGAGUCUAUGGAGCGUGGAAGCAGGAUCCUUGCUAUACUUGACAAACUAAAGGAGGAAAGGGAGCAACAAGAAGGAAAAGAUGGAGAGGAAGAUGUAGAAGGUUCAUAUAUAUCAGAAGAAGAAGAUGGUGACUGGGAUGCAGAUGACCCAGAUGAGGAGGAUAUCAUUUAUGUAAAAUAGCCUAUCGUAUUCUGGGAACUUGGUCAUCAUUCAUCCAGAGCACAGCAGUUCUCUUCGGAGUUUAAUCCAGUGAAGUUCAGAACUCACUGCUUACCUGCUUGUCGAAGCACUCCAAAGUAUAUCAGCACUUGAAGAGGUUUACAGAGACGUCUCUUUUGUCAAUUGAAGCAGGUCAUAUCACAUCCCUGAUGCUGUUUAGAAGCUGGUCAUGUCCUUUCUUCAUUUGCGAUGUGGGGUAAUUUCAAUGAGGGAUUCGAAAGCUAGUCUUUUUUCUGUCCACUGGAUCAUGAUAUCUGACCAUUGACGCAAGACAGUUUUGGCUGAUGCGCAUUCCUCUGUUAUAUGUUAACUAGCAAAUGUUUAAUUUGUACCUGCCUAGUUAUCUUGCUGCGUUUCAGUCAUAAUUUUCUUUUAUGGUUUGGGUACAGUUUCUCUCUCUUUCUCCGAGCCAUUUUGUAAUAGAGUAGCAUCAGUAUGAUUUAAUGAUAAAAUAUCACUUUCUCAUCGGAUCUAACAAAAAUGAUCUGGAUAUUACAAAUGUAUCUCCAGCUGAGCUUCUUUUGGAAAUUAGUAGUCCUUGA